AUGUUAUUAUAUUCUCAUCGCAGAGCUGCAACUAUCAACUUGACGUUUCAGUUCCCCUUCUAUGGAAAUCUAAUAAACUCUAUUACAAUUGCAACUGGAGGUUUUUUAUAUUUAGGAGAUUACGUUCAUUCGUUGUUAGCAGCCACUCAAUACAUAGCGCCUUUAAUGAGUUUAAUGGCCAAUUUUGAUUUAAGUUCAUCAAAUCAUUAG